UACGGCCACACGCGCGCGCGUACACGCGAGAGAGAGAGAGAGAGAGAGAGAGAGAGAGAGAGAGAGGAGAAGCGGCGAUGGCGAGCGGCGGCGGCGACGCGAGGAGGAGGAAGGAGGAAGGGGAGGAGGACGGGUUCUCGUCGGACGGCGGGGACACCACCGACGCUGAGUCGUCGGACGAGAGGGCGGGGGCGGGGGCGGGGAGGAGGGCGGUGCCGGGCGCGAACCCCAUCCUGAGCCGCCUCGCGGUGUCGCGGAACCCGAGCCCGCUCGCGGCGGCCACCGCGGCGCCCGGGGUCUGCCUCCUGCGGUUCGCGUGGGAGUCCGCCGCUGGGUCCCUCGUCGGCGCCGUCGUCGGAUAUGGAAAAGGUUUGGUCACCACUAAAGGGUUUAAAGGCUCGUUUGCUGAUGCUGCAUCUUCUGCUAAGAUAUUUGCUGUUCUUGCUGGUGUUCAAAGUUUGGUUGCCUGCACUUUGAGACAACUACGUGGGAAAGAUGAUGUUCUCAAUGCUGGAAUUGCAGGCUGUUGCACUGGCCUUGCCCUGAGUUUUCCAGGUGCACCACAAACAAUGAUUCAGAGCUGCCUGACCUUCGGAACUUUCUCAUACAUCAUAGAGAUGCUCAAUAAACAGGAACCUGCACUUGCUCGUCCAUCUAUCACUGGCACGAAGGAUCUCAAGGCUGGACACAGAGUUCUUCCUCCCUUCACGCUCCCUCUUCCGCAAGAGGCAAUGGAGGGUUUUUCCUCGUUUCAAAACUUUUUGUCGAAGUUCCAAGGGAAGUGAACCAAGUGAAUAACCUCAAGAGGGAUGGUGGGUAGCUUCACCUCUUUCCUCCGUUGGAUUUUGUCCGUGUAAAUGCCUCGUCUUGAGUUUCUCUUUUGUUCCACGAGUGUAAUGUUCUAGGGAGUGACGGAUUAUGUGAAUGUUGAUGUCAUUCUUACUCUUUUGAAUAACAGCUCUGUGAAUCCUUAUCGUGCUUCAGCUAGUGUUAAUUUGCCACUUGCUUCAAA